UGUUUCUAAGUUCAUAGUAUACACACCGCCGAAAUAAUAAUAGUUAGUAGUUACUGACAACUCGUCUAAAAGUCUGAAGUGUAAAAAACUAAAAACUCCUUUAUUUAUGUUACCAUUUUAUUUUUGCAAAUAGUUUAAACAUUAUUCUUUUCUAGUUUGAUGUUAAGGUUUAAAGUUUAAAAAAAAUGAUAUACUAUCCCUUUAUCCUGCUUAGUGCGUAUUUGUUGGGUUCAGUUCAAUGUUUAUACUUCCACAUUGGCGAAACGGAACGCAAAUGUUUCAUUGAAGAGAUUCCUGAUGAAACUACCGUAGUCUCGCACUACAAAGUAGAACUCUUCGAUGUGAGGACUGGUGGUUUCACUCCACCCACCCCAGGCAUUGGUAUGAAUGUUGAAGUCAAAGAUCCAGAUAUGAAAAUAAUUUUAUCUCGGGUUUACAGUUUUGAAGGGAAAAUUUCAUUUACAUCUCACAUACCCGGCGAACAUAUUAUAUGUUUGUAUUCCAAUACAACUGCAUGGAUCGGAGGAACACAAUUGAGAGUUCAUUUGGAUAUCCAAGUUGGUGAUCAGGCCAUUGAUUAUGCUCAAGUAGCCCAAAAAGAAAAACUUUCUGACUUACAACUCAGGAUUAGGCAACUUGUGGAACAAGUCGAACAGAUCAUCAAGGAACAAAGCUAUCAAAGAUUCCGGGAAGAGAGAUUUCGUCAAACCAGUGAGAGUACUCAUCAACGAGUUUUUUGGUGGUCACUUUCACAGUUAUUCAUACUUUUGGUCAUGGGUUUCUGGCAAAUGCGUCAUUUAAAAAGUUUCUUUGAAGCUAAAAAACUUGUUUAAAUUAAUGACUGUUUGAAUGUUAUAACAAAAAUAUAAGCCCAUCCUCAAAUAUAUGUUUGUACAUUUUGUAUAUACCAUAAAAAAAAAUUAUGUAUUCUUUAUAACUAUUAUUAAUUCAUGGCUUUUCUGAAUAUAUGAAUAAUUAGAAUUCUA